GAACGUUCCAGUGAAGAUGUAGAUAUAAUAUUCACACGGCUGAAAGAAGUGAAAGCUUUUGAGAAAUUUCAUCCAAACCUUCUCCAGCAGAUAUGUCUGUGUGGGUAUUAUGAAAAUCUGGAAAAAGGAAUCACAUUAUUCCGUCAGGGUGAUAUUGGGACGAACUGGUAUGCUGUUCUGACAGGAUCACUGGAUGUGAAGGUUUCUGAUACAAGCAACCACCAGGAUGCUGUGACAAUAUGCACUCUGGGAAUAGGAACUGCUUUUGGAGAGUCCAUUCUGGAUAACACUCCUCGCCAUGCUACCAUCGUUACCAGAGAAUAUAGCGAGCUCCUUCGAAUUGAGCAGAAGGACUUUAAGGCACUUUGGGAGAAAUAUCGACAGUAUAUGUCUGGACUUCUUACUCCUCCUUAUGGUGUUAUGGAAACUGGCUCCAACAAUGACAGAAUGCCAGAUAAGGACAAUACAUCUCUUAUCGAACCUCACAUCCCACAUCGCCCUACUAAAACCAUUACACAGGUUCCUUCAGAAAAGAUCCUCAGAGCUGGAAAGAUUUUGCGGAAUACAAUUCUGUCCCGAGCCCCUCACAUGAUAAGAGAUCGUAAAUACCAUCUGAAGACUUACAGGCAAUGCUGUGUGGGGACAGAACUAGUUGACUGGAUGAUGCAGCAAAGUACUUGUGUCCAUUCACGAACCCAGGCUGUUGGCAUGUGGCAAGUAUUGCUGGAAGAAGGUGUUCUUAAUCAUGUGGAUCAGGAACACCACUUUCAAGACAAAUACUUAUUUUAUCGAUUUUUGGAUGAUGAGCGUGAAGAUGCCCCUUUGCCAACUGAGGAAGAGAAAAAAGAAUGUGAUGAGGAGCUACAGGACACCAUGCUGCUUCUGUCUCAGAUUGGGCCAGAUGCUCAUAUGAGGAUGAUUCUCAGAAAACCGCCUGGCCAGAGAACUGUAGAUGACUUAGAAAUUAUACAUGAAGAACUUCUUCACAUUAAGGCCUUAUCUCAUCUUUCUACCACAGUAAAGCGAGAAUUAGCAGGUGUCCUCAUUUUUGAGUCACAUCCCAAAGCAGGAACGGUCUUAUUUAAUCAGGGAGAAGAAGGUACUUCUUGGUACAUUAUCUUAAAGGGAUCGGUAAACGUAGUCAUUUAUGGCAAGGGUGUGGUAUGUACUCUACACGAAGGAGAUGAUUUUGGCAAGCUAGCGCUUGUGAAUGAUGCUCCCAGAGCAGCAUCCAUUGUUCUGCGUGAAGACAACUGCCAUUUCUUGAGAGUAGACAAGGAGGACUUCAACAGGAUCCUUAGGGAUGUGGAAGCAAAUACAGUAAGACUCAAAGAACAUGACCAAGAUGUCUUGGUGUUGGAGAAGAUCCCAGCAGGAAACAGAGUUUCUAAUCAAGGAAAUUCACAGCCUCAGCACAAGUAUAUUGUGAUGUCAGGAACCCCAGAGAAAAUUUUAGAGCACUUUCUAGAAACUAUGCGCCUUGAAGCAACUUUAAAUGAAGCAACAGAUUCUGUUUUAAAUGAUUUCAUUAUGAUGCACUGUGUUUUUAUGCCAAAUAGUCAGCUCUGCCCAGCCUUGAUGGCACACUAUCAUGCCCAGCCUUCCCAGGGUACAGAGCAGGAGAAAAUGGAUUAUGCCCUCAACAACAAAAGGCGAGUCAUUCGACUGGUUCUGCAGUGGGCUGCUUUAUAUGGAGAUUUACUACAAGAAGAUGAAGCAGCAAUGGCCUUUUUGGAGGAAUUUUAUGUGUCUGUAUCAGAUGAUACUAGAAUGAUUGCAGCACUAAAGGAGCAACUUCCAGAGCUUGAGAAAAUUGUAAAGCAAGUUUCUGAAGAACCUAAAGCACCACAAAAGAAGCACAAAGUUCUUCUGCAGCUGUUCAACACAAGCGAUGACAGAGCACAGAAACGCCAGCCUAUCAGGGGCAGCGAUGAAGUUCUGUUUAAGGUGUACUGCAUAGACCAAACCUAUACCACUAUCCGGGUGCCAGUGUCUUCCUCUGUGAAGGAAGUGAUCAGCGCAGUAGCAGAUAAGCUGGGUUCUGGAGAAGGCCUCAUCAUAGUAAAGAUGAGUUCAGGAGGAGAAAAGGUUGUGCUCAAACCUCAUGAUGUUUCAGUGUUUACAACUCUCAGUGUUAAUGGACGGCUGUUUGCUUGCCCACGUGAUCAGUUCGAUUCAUUGGCACCAUUACCAGAACAAGAAGGACCAUCUACUGGUACAGUGGGAACAUUUGAACUGAUGAGCUCCAAAGACCUAGCACAUCAGAUGACAAUUUAUGACUGGGAGCUUUUCAACUGUGUGCAUGAGCUGGAAUUGAUCUACCACACUUUUGGAAGGCACAAUUUUAAAAAGACCACAGCAAAUCUGGACUUGUUUUUAAGAAGAUUUAAUGAAAUUCAAUUCUGGGUGGUCACUGAGAUUUGUCUUUGCUCUCAACUCAGCAAGCGUGUUCAGCUGUUAAAGAAGUAUAUUAAGAUAGCAGCCCACUGUAAAGAAUACAAAAAUCUGAAUUCCUUUUUUGCUAUUAUUAUGGGACUGAGUAAUGUUGCUGUGAGCCGUCUCUCGUUAACAUGGGAGAAACUUCCAAGCAAGUUCAAGAAGAUCUAUGCAGAGUUUGAAAGCUUAAUGGAUCCAUCAAGAAACCAUCGGGCCUACAGACUAACUGUAGCUAAAUUGGACCCUCCAAUAAUUCCUUUCAUGCCACUACUUAUAAAAGACAUGACGUUUACUCAUGAGGGAAACAAGACGUUCACUGACAAUCUAGUAAACUUCGAAAAAAUGCGCAUGAUUGCCAACACUGUCAGGACGGUGAAAUUCUGCCGAAGCCAAUCUUUCAAUCCCGACGCAGCCCUAACUAAUAAGAACCAUCAGGACGUUCGGAGCUAUGUGCGGCAAUUAAAUGUGAUUGACAACCAGAGAACUUUAUCACAGAUGUCUCACCGACUAGAACCGCGUCGAGCAUAAACAUUUGAAGCAAUGAUGAGAAAUGAUCUUUUAUCCUGUCAAGGUCACUUGUUAAGAACUUCACUUUCUCUGCUACCGCACUGCCACUACAAAAAUAAGCAAAAACAUAUUCUAAGGUCUUAGGCAACGCACAAUGUACCAGCCUGUCAAAGAACUUUGGCUGGGGAAGAAUUUAUGCACUGUAGCUGUAUGGGUGGCCAUGUUGUGAACUGUUAAUUCAUCUUAAAGUGUAGUAAAUGAUUUCUCAUAUGGAUAAAAAAAGCCAAAAGAUAAAAUAGAAUAGUUGGUGAAAAAUGCACAAAAAGCUUCUAACAAUUCUAAGGGAGGUAGUGUUUUUCUCUCUCAUUAAAAAUCUGUAUUUUAUGAUUUAUUCCCCAGGUCAGGACCAAAACUGAUCAUCAGUUUAGCUUGCCCAGCUACUG